UUCAGAAUCACGUCACAGAAGUUCAGGUCGCUGAAUUUGGCAAACCCUACGCUUGACCGGAAGCAAUCAAAUUGACCUGAAUUGCUAACACUACGCAGAACAGUUGCUCUUAGCAGCUCUUCUGCAGGGUUAUCACCUCGCAUGUCCGCACGUUCGACGCACGGACGCCAUGGACAUGCUGAACUUCCACAAGAGGUCAUUGUUGCAAUCCAACGCAUCCUCGAGCUCAAUCCAGAGAACCAGAACGACCCCCUUGAUGUACUGUCGAAUGAGUUUAACCCAAUAGAUAUGCUGAACCAGCUUUUCCCAGAUGAGGCCUCGCUGAGCCAGCUGGAAACAGUUCAAGCGAGACUGACUCAAAAUGAACGUGACUUGCAACGCGAAAUUGAUGCCCUCAAGGAAGAGCUAAGGCGCGAUCAGGAUCCCAAUCGUAUGCAGAUGAUUCAGGAAAUGAUUUCGGACCUCCUUGGGCAAAUGUCACGCAUUCGGGAGAAAGCGACGGAAUCCGAGGCUGUCGUGCGCGAUAUCACGAAAGAUAUCCAGGCUCUUGACCUUGCGAAAAAGAACCUCAUCCUCAGUAUGACAACACUCAAGCGCUUGCAAAUGCUGGUAAAUGCACUGACACAAUUGGAAGACCAAGCGAAAGAGAAGAGAUAUGGAGAGAUUGCCCAGACGCUUGCAGCUGUGAAACAGAUAUCUGCCUCCUUUAAACCUUACAUCUCUGUCCACCGCAUCAAUCAGGUAUGGAAACGGGUACAGCAAAUUCAGGGCGAGAUUCGCGCUCAACUCGAAGCAGAGUUUGACGCAUUCUACCUCCAGGACCCCGCCAAACCCUCAAAACCUGCUCAGAUCAUAGAUGCCUGUGCUGUCGCUGAUGUUUUAGGCCCUGACGUUCAGAGACACUUGAUCGAUCGUUAUGUUGCACUUGAACUGAAGGAGUAUCGGCGCAUCUUCCGUGCCACAGACGAGGCAGGACACCUAGACAAUAUAAGCAGGAGGUACGCGUGGUUUAGACGCGUGCUCGGAACGCACGAGUUAGAAUUGGGCCGCGUAUUCCCCUCAGAGUGGAAGGUGGGAUGGGCGCUGUUCACGAAAUUUGUGGUUAUCACAAGAGAUGACCUUGCAGCAUUGCUUUCUAAAGCAGGCUCCUCUUUGACAAUCAAAGCCCUGCUCGAAGCCCUACAGCAGACAAUCGAAUUCGAAUCGUCCAUGGCAAAGAAGUGGUUAACGCCACUCGAUGAGAUAUUGGGAGCAAGUUCGCCUCCAUCUUCAGCGCCCGUUCAGUCGAUGUCCGCUGUCUUUGAACCACAUCUUGGUGUCUUUGUUGAUGCUCAAGACAAGGCUCUUGCUGACAUGCUUGCCGCUCACCGAGGAUCGCAUUCGAAGGGAAAGCCACGAACAUCCCUUGAUGCCACCCCGCGCGCUUCUGUCUCUACAGAUGCGGACGCAGGUCCCCCACAGACGGUACUCUCUUCGUCGACAGAGCUAUUUUACUUUUACGGCCAGAGUCUUGAGCAAUGCGCCAAACUCUCGACAGGACAGACAUUGUUUGAUUUGUGUACGCUACACAAGAAGUGGCUGCGCAUAUAUGCGGAGGACGUCCUUGCACCACGGUCAAAACGCCCGAUAACACAAACCCGGAGGUCUAUGGACUCGCGUUUUGAUGUUGCGGAUUUACAACAGGCUGGCCUGUUGAUCAAUACAGCAGACUAUUGUCAAACUACGGCUCUGGAGCUCGAAGAGAAAAUCAAAGAGAAAAUCAAAGACAGCUUUAAAGAGAAAGUAACAUUGCAGGCAGAACGCGACUUGUUCAUGAGUGCUAUUUCUGUGUCUAUCACGAUGCUUUUGCGAGAGUUGGAGGCUACCUGCGAGGGUGCUUUCACGACAUUGUCCCGUAUGUCGUGGGAGAAACUGAACCAGGUCACUGGACAGUCUUCAUACGUAGACGAUCUUGCUCAGGCCGUUGAAAGCUUUUGCGAGACUAUAAAGCCAUUGAUCGAACAAAAGAAAUAUUUGAGGAAUUUCUUCGAUAAGGCAUGCAGUCUUAUCCUGAUGAAGUUCACGAACGCAGUAGUGAAGAGUCGACCUUUGAGAGAGAUCGGCGGAGAGCAGCUACUGAUCGAUCUGGGUGUUAUUAAAUCUUACCUCAUGCGACUGCCAGGUGAAGCAAUAGUAACGCAGGGAUAUACCCGCAGCCUUACAAAGAGCACCACGAGGCUCGAGGCUCUGCUCAAGGUCAUUGUGACACCGGUGGACCCUCCAGAAGGUUUUAUUCUAAACUACACUCUCCUCAUUGGCGAUGCUUCGUUUUCAAAUUUCCAAAAGAUCCUUGAUCUGAAAGGUACACCGAAGGCCGAGCAGAACAGCCUUCUCGAUUCAUUCCUCACCAUUACGAGCACCAAGACAGAUCUAGACAGCACAUCAUUCCUUUCCACUCUCGAUAUGGAUCCCCCCUUGACGCUCGCCGCGACGCUCGGCAGCCCAGGCUCCAGCAGAGUCACGCUGCCACUGUCAAUCGCUCCAGGUGGAGUGGGCACUGUAUCGGAUAUAUUCGGGUCACUUGGGUCUCCGCCAUUGAGUGGACCACCGACGGGAUCCAGCACUGAUGGAAGCACUUCCAGGGGACUAGAACCCACACAGAAACGAGAGGUCUUCUCUGAUAUCAGGCGUUUCGUCACUUUCGGUCUGCGGCGAUCGGAGACCUUACCAACUUCCUAACUUCUAAUACUUUGUACUCGGCCCGGCGGAAAUAUACACAUCACCACCGAAAAAC